AUGGUUGUGGAGAUCCGUGAUAUCACACAAGCGUACACACAGGCUAAGACAAAGUUGCAACGUAUUAUCAUUGUCAACCUGCCCAAAGAAAUGAGGGGUAAAUAUCCACUAGACUCACUACUGUUGGUAGAAGGAGCUUUGUAUGGCAUUCCCAAAGCUAGCGUUCAUUGGUUUGGCACCUACCACGAGUAUUAUAAGGUGAAAAUAGACAUGGAGACUUCUAUGUAUGAUCCAUGUCUACUCAUGAUAAAACUAGGCGCUAAGAGCUUUGGCCUGGUAGACAUGCAGACUAAUAACAUACUUAUCAUCGCAAUAGAAAAGUUUGCCAGGGAUGAGGAGCGAGCACUACAGGAAGUGAGAUUCAAAGCUAAACCCAAAACCCAAUUGUCGCAGGAUACUCCUUUGGAAUUCAAUGGCAUAGAGCCGGUUGGAACAAUAGAUCGCGCGCAGAAGUACAUUGAGCAACAAGCACGAGGGGCUUACCUCGCGUCUAUCUGCCAACCAGAGGCUUCUUAUGAUCUCGCCAUCACGGCCCAGCUACAGGAGAAGGAUCGAUUCAAAGACGACUAUUUGGCAUUGAAUAAACGCCUUAUAUGGCAAGCUGAGAAUCCUGAACGAGGUCUUAGAUUCAUCCCCCUUGAUUUGACAAAGGCAAAGAUCAUGAUCUUUACAGAUGAAUCCUUCACAAAUAACCAAGAUUUGACUUCCCAGAUUGGUUUUCUAAUCGCUAUGGUCAACGAAGACUUUUCUGAGGAAGGACACUUUAUUGCUACUGGUAACAUAAUCCAUUGGACUUCGUCAAAGUGCAAGCGUGUAACCCGGAGCGUUCUCGCCUUAGAGAUCUAUGGGUUAACAACUGGAUUUGACUAUGGAAUUACAUUGGUAAGUACCAUCAAGAUGAUCAUGGACCGCCUCAAUUUACCUACAAUCCCAGUUGUGGUUUACACCAAUAGCUACUCGCUAUAUGAGUGCCUCGUUAAGUUAGGAACCACAAAGGAAAAGCGCCUCAUGAUCGACCUUAUGGUGCUCCGUCAGUCAUACGAGAAACGGGAAAUAGAUGAAAUCCGCUGGAUCCAUGGAGAUAAUAAUCCCGCGGAUGCUUUCACAAAGGCGAACCUAAAUGGGGCCCUAUAG